UCUAAUAUACAAAUUGACGACAAAAAUGAUGAGAAUGAUAAAUUAUGGACAACGAAUUGUGUUAAUAGAGAUGUGAAUGACCAAUUCAUAGAAGAGAACGGUAAGACCAGGAACAAUACUAAGACAAUGCAUAAAAGUUGGAGAAGAGAUGUGUAA